AUGGCAGACCAACCAAGCCCUGCCAAACAGAAUGUCGCACGACCACAACUGAGCUCUAUGAGGAGCAGCUCAUACCUUAGUGAUCACCAAGAAUACCGACCUCCUCGACCCGAGUCAAACCGCCAGGACCAGUUGUUCCACGGCAUUGACACGGUUAUAGAGGAUACAAGUAACUCACCCGUUCCUCAAACGAGGCCGAUCCUCCCAUUUAAUGGCAUCCCUUCCGAGGAAAACCCACCGACUGUGGUUGACAGCGGAUUGAGCCACUCGUACUCUCACCCUAACUGUGCCCCUCGUGCUGGCGAGAAAUCGGAUCGUCUCAUUGCAACUCUCUUUUACAAGCCAAGAGGCGAAGAGCAGGGCUCUCGAUCGCCUGUCAAGACCACAUUUGCAGACAGUAAUGAGUCCCUACCCGCCAACUUGGCCCCUACGACCGAUCCAAAUGAGUACCCUCUUGAGCCGCCUACCCAGGAGUCUGAGCAGCUGGACCAUAUUUAUGGCUCAUACAUUUCGCCGCUUUGCAUCACCUCGUUCCUUCACCUCAUGUCGUCGUUCCCUCUACCUCACGACGCCGAGGAGCCUCACUCCUCUCACAGGUGCUUGGACAACCAGGAACAACCGCGCAUUGUGGAACUAACACUCUCACCCACACCAUCCCCUGACUAUCUCAGCUUGGAUGAUCUGAGAAAGCACGAGAUGAUCUAUCGCUUUGAGCAGGAAUGGAAUGUGGACGUUGUCCUCCAGAGAGAUAGUGUUUGGAGGCGCCACCCUCGACUGGUGGUCUUUGACAUGGACAGCACUCUCAUUACUCAGGAAGUAAUUGACCUUUUGGCUGAUCAUGUCAAGGAUCCCCCAGACCUGGCUGCCCGGGUUGCCGAAAUCACACAUCGUGCGAUGAUGGGCGAGCUGGAGUUCGAGGCUUCUUUCCGCGAACGAGUCGCUCUCCUCAAGGGUCUUUCUUCUACACUCUUCGAGGAUCUUCGACCGGUCUUGGACGUCACCAAGGGCGUGCCAGAGCUGAUCAGAGCUCUGAAGCGACUGGGUAUCAAGACGGCAGUCCUUUCCGGCGGCUUCCAGCCACUGACAGGAUGGCUGGCUGGGCAAUUGGGCAUUGACUAUGCCCAUGCAAACCACGCCGUUAUUGAAGACGGCAAGUUCACAGGCGAGGUCGAAGGUGUCAUCGUUGACAAGGAAUGCAAGAGAGAUCUUCUUGUCGAAAUAGCCAGCAAGGAGGGAAUUGAUAUGACUCAGGUCAUUGCCGUCGGCGAUGGUGCCAACGACUUGCUGAUGCUGGAUAAGGCAGGUCUGGGUGUCGCGUGGAAUGCAAAGCCACGAGUGCAGAUGGAGGCCAACGCUCGCCUGAACGGAGAGAGUCUACUGGAUCUAUUGUUCUUGCUUGGCUUCACCGCUGAGGAGAUUGACGCAUUGGCUGUAUAG